CAUCGAUCAGACAACUCAACACAGACCACAAUGUACAAGCUGGUGGUGUUAUUCUCCGUUUUGGCGUUGGCGGCGGCUAAGCCCAGUAUAGUGGCUCCGCUAGCGUACAGCACUGUACCAGCCGUCAGCUCAGUGUCCCAGUACAGCAGCAGCGUGGUCCAUGGUUCCCCUGUGGUGGCUGCUGCUCCUGCCGUCUACAGCGCCGCCGUAGCACCUGUAGCAUACAGCGCACCCGUGGUCGCCCCUGCUGUGUACCCUGCGGUGGCCACACUAGCUCAGGCCCCUCACUCCCCAGCGGUCGUCCUGGACCCCGUCAAUGGCGUGCCCCUCGAUACCCCUGAGGUGGUCGCCGCCCGCGCCGCUCACUUCCAAGCCAAGGCAUUGUCCGCGCACCAUCUCCGCAAGCGCUCCGUCGUCGCUCCUGUGGCCUACAGUUCAGUCGUUUCCCCUGUCGCCUACUCCGCUCCCGUAGUCUCUGCUUACUCCACUCCUUAUGUAUCAUCUCCUGUAGUCUCUGCCUACUCCAGCCCGGUGGUAUCCGCAUACUCCGCCCCGGUCGUUUCUUCUCCCCUCGCUUACUCAGCUGUAGUCCCUAGGGCUCUUAGUGUUCAUCCUUGGUAAUUAAACGAGUUUCGUCAUUGAAUGAAAUAUUAGUCUGAUCAACGAAAUGAAAUGUUUAAAAUUGUAUUACACUGCCAAAUAAAGGAAUUUUAUAUA